UGUGACCUGGGAUCUGUAUAUUACUCUUCUUAUGAAACAGUCAUCCCCAAGAGCCUGACAGUCAAGGGAAGGGAAGACCCAGUGGAAAAGGCAUCCUAUAUGCUCUUAAUGCAGGGCCAGAAAUGGAUGAUUCACCUGAAGGCGAAGAGAGACUGUUUUGUGAAGGACUUUCCAGUCUUCAGCUACCACGGUGGCGUCCUGGGGCAAGAAAUGCCUUUCAUCUCACAUGACUGUCACUAUGAAGGCUACAUAGAAGGAGUCCCGGGUUCUUUUGUUUCUCUCAACACCUGUUCAGGCCUCAGGGGCAUCCUGAUUAAGGAGGGGAAACCCUAUGGCAUUAAGCCCAAGGACACUUCGAAACGCUCUGAACAUGUGUUGUACGCGAUGGCACACCAAGCUCGAGUCUCCUGUGGGGUCACUUCCAAAGGCAGCCAAGUGGCGCCUGCCAGCCGGCAGCAGGGGAGCAGGAAGCCUCACAGUCCACAGGCACCGUCCUCCUUUUGGUCACACACCAAGUACGUGGAGAUGUUUGUCGUGGUCAACAACCAGCGGUUCCAAAUGUGGGGCAGUGACGUCAGUGAGACAGUCCAGAGGGUCAUGGACAUCACCGCUCUGGCCAACAGCUUCACCAGGGGGAUAAACACAGAGGUGGUGCUGGCUGGAAUGGAGAUUUGGACCGAGAGGGACCUCAUAGAAGUCCCGGCGGACUUGCAAGUUACACUCGGGAAUUUCAACAGCUGGAGACAGGAGAAGCUCUCCCGUCGUGUGAAGCACGAUGUUGCCCACAUGAUCGUCGGACAUCGUCCUGAAGGAGACGUGGGACAGGCAUUUCUCAGUGGUGCCUGUUCAAGUGGCUUUGCGGCAGCCGUUGAGUCCUUCCAUCAUGAAGACGUCCUCCUGUUUGCAGCGCUCAUGGCCCACGAGCUUGGGCACAACUUGGGUAUUCGGCACGACCACUCGGCCUGCGCUUGUAGAGAUAAACGCUUGUGCCUCAUGCGUGAAAAUAUCACCAAAGAAGGUGGCUUCAGCAACUGCAGCUCUGAUUACUUCUACCAGUUCCUCCGGGAACACAAAGGGGGCUGCCUAUUUAACAAGCCUCGGCCCCAACAUCGCCUGCGUAGGAAUGCAGAGUGUGGAAAUGGUGUGUUGGAGGACAAUGAGGAGU